GGGGAAGGGCGUUCUCUUUGCGGUCAGAGCGGGCAGAGCCAUCCCGAGGGGUGGGUCUUCCUCCGGCGACAGCGGGGAAAGAAAAAAAAGGAAAAGCCACCUUUUUCAUUGUUGAGGACGCGGUGGAAUGUGAUGGUUUGAUGCCGAACGGACUAGGGAACGGGAUAUCCGAGAGAAAGAGGCUGAUUUCGGGAGAAGGGGGAAAAGGAGGAAACUCUCCCAGCUGCAGGGCUUCCAAGAACGGGAUGAACUUGUCUUGUCCUCCCCGGCUGCAGUGAGGACAACCGGCCGCGGUAGCUACACUCAAGCCGGGGUCGUGUUUUUGUGGAUAUACCGCUCACUCUCGCCUCAACGGAACACGUUGAAGAGGAUGGAGACUUUGGGAAGAGGAGGUUAACGUGUCAGAUAUGAAGGAUGUGUCUGAGAUAUGACAGAUUUGUCCACUAAAUGCCAAGCUGACGGAACUUCAAAGCUCCUCUUGUAAAAAGCCACUCCAAUUAACUUUACCUUUCACUUUGGCCAUCAUCUAACAUUCCUUUAGACUUCAACACUACCACACAAAUGUGGACCCCUCCAUACGCCCAAAUAACCUGAAGAAAAGAGCAUACGUUAAAAAUAUAAUAUAACACACAACACUUGAUAGCCAUGUCUGACAUGACGCAUCGCCACCUGCGGCACAAGCUACAAAGUGUCAGCAGGCGGCUGGACGAACUGGAAGAAGCCACUAACAAACUACAGAAAUCUGAAGAUGAGUUGCUGGACAUACAGGACAAGAUCAUCCAGGCAGAAGGCAGCAACUCAUCCUUGCUUGCCGACGUGGAGGCCUUGAGGAAACGCCUCUUGAAAAUCCAAGGCAAAGAUGAGGAGGUACGCAAAGCGGAGGACCUUUGCCGCACAGUGAGAGAGAAACUGGAAGAGGAAGAAACCCUCACAAAGGAGCUCAAAGCGGAGAUUGAACACCUACAGCGGAGGUUGGCAGAACUGGAGAAACUGGAAGAAGCUUUUGGGAAAAGCAAGUCAGACUGUAGCCAGCUCUGCCUCAGUCUCAACGAGGAGAAGAACUUAACAAAGAAGUUGUCUACUGAGAUGGAGUCCCUCAAAGCCCGUUUGAAGGAAAUGGAGACAUCAGAGUUGAAGCUGGACAAAGCAGAGCAAGCUUUAGCUGCUGAACUUGACAAACUCAAGGGAUUCUACCAGACAUUUGAGAACGAGCAUAAGAGGAUACUUGAGAAACAAAGAGAAGAUGAGAACCUCAUUCUUAAGCUCACAGAAAAACUAGAACAGCCGAAGAAUCGCCUUGGUAUUGGUGUAGAUCCCAGUCGUGCGGAUUUCAUGAGGUCAAGAAUUGAAGAUGAGCUGUCCUCCACGGGCAUUCUCUCCGGACGCAAGAAGAGCCUUGACUACAACAUGGGUCUGCUGAAUAAGUCCGAGAAUCAGAAGAACAGUGGAUUUGCAGGGUCACAGGAAGAAGACAACAAAGUGAAGGAGCUUACACAGGAAGUCGAAAGGCUGAAGAAUCGUCUUAAGCAGCUAGAGAUUGUCGAGAAUGACCUGAAGAGCUCAGAGUCCAAAAACGAUGAGCUUCACGAACAGUUCCAGAUGGAACGCAAGCGGGCUCGCCAAUUGAGCGAACAGGUGGAACAGCUCAGGACGCAGCUGUGCAGUAAAAGUGGAAUCGAAGGGAAUGGGACUAGCGAUGUGGAUAAACAAGGCAACGGAAGUAUUAACAUCUGCCCUGGUACCCUUGCCAAGCACCUGGAGAAUGGUAAAGCUGAGAAUGAAGAGAUUGCAAAGGGAAGUUUUCGGCAAGAGAAGCCAAAAUAUCGUAGCGCCGCGUCCAUCGCAGAACCCAGCUCGCCCAAGCACAGGAACAGGGAGCUCUCACCUCAGCACAAGAGAGAAACCAAGCUGAGGGCUAAAGAGCUCAGCAACUCAGAGGAGAGUCCUGCUAUAUCUGUGAAGAGAGCCCUCAGUCCUGCACACAAAAGUAGAAGGACGCCCAAAACCCAGAAUUCUCUCUUUUCAUCUGAUAACGGGAUAAAAGAGACAAGUCGAGGAAGUGAGGAAAAAACAUACAAGGGAGCCACGUACAGCUCUGUAAAUACACCUUCUAGUGAUAUUAAAAAAGUAUCUGUCCUUAGUCGCUACCCCCCAGCAGCUAACGACCACAAGCCCCUGAGGACAGCUCACAGGCAGAGUGAAGGGGAGAGCAAUAAGAACCGAAUGGAAAAGUUUUCAAAACUGUAUGCAGGUAGUGACAGUGAAUCAAACAACUCCGAUGUAGUCCCAGAGAGCAAUGUCUCCGCAAUGGAGAAGGACACCGAGUCCGCCUCACACCAGGAAUCAACGGAACAAGUUCAAGAUUCUGCGUUCGUCACCCCCAGGCUGUCCAAGGAAUCCUAUAAAGCUAACAGGUCCAUCGUCAAUCAACUUCUGCAGAAUGACCAGGGCUCAGAGGGUCAUUCGUCUGCAUCCGAAACAGAAUCCACUGGUUCAAGGCCCUCUGAACCAGAGACUGUAAAUGAAAUAUCUACUACAACCUCGAGCAGUAGGACGACAACCUCCAGAUAUCCUAGAUACUCCCAUGUCAAGGACUCCCAUUCAGAGGGUUCCUCCUCUCGAAGUUCAUUUGAUGAAGACCUCCACAGCAGAGCAAGUGUGCCCGAAGGCGGCAGAAUUAGCACUUCGUCCGUGAUGGGGAUCCAGCGGGUUUGCAGUCCACGCGAAGCGCUGAGAUCCAAAGCGGUCAUCAAGCCUGCCAUUAUUGAGAUCGACAGAAAAGAAGUGAUGAUAUCAGAGCCCUUCUCCGCCAAUGGCAAGCCCAAGUUAUCCACCAAACCCAUACUGACUACUACCAGUAAGAUGACCAGCAGUAUAACCAUAUAUCCCAACGACCCCAGCUCCUCUAGAACCAGCAGCCGCAGCAGUAGCGUGUCCAGUGAGCCUAUGUCUGCCAAGGAACGCCACACGUCCACCAGUAACUUUCUCAUCGGCCCGAGCAGUGACCACCAUGGCAGUGUCUCAAUCCCUUAUGAAAUCUCUAUCCCCAAGAGCGAGAUCACAAUGCAGCCAAGCCAGGACCAGGAUUCUGGUGCGGACUACCUCAAUGAUUCCUCGUGCAAGUCCAAGCUCCACAACACCUCCAGGAUGGAGACGUCCACAAGCCACAUUUACCACCAACGCAACUUCAGCCACCAGUCUCCCGACACCAACUCUGCAGACCUCAACGACACUGAAUCAGUCUUUGAUUCAUUCACCAGCUGGAGAAACCAAAGACAAAAACAGAGGCAGUCCCAGGAAGAGCGUCUACCAGACAUGAGGAAUGUAACUGUGAGAAGCACCUGGAAGAACCAAGGCACUACAUCGGCAGCGGAUGAGAAGGAGGCAGGGAGAGUCGGCGGACGCGUAAUCAUGGAUGGAGGAGGUUCAGAGGACGAGGCAGAAACCACAACAACAUGGAGGGCUUAUCUUGCGACGACAGUCGACUCUGAAGACACAGUGAGCCACAGAUCAAGAACCGGUGGGAAUAAUUCAGCAUCAGAAGGAAGCAAGCCAUCACCUGCAGAGGCAUACAUGCGGAACAUGAACAAAGACACAGAAGAACCAGCACUCCAUCGUGGCGGACGCGCUAAGGAAGCCCUAGGAAGGACCGUACCUCACGCACCAGUCACUUCACAGUCCUGGAGUCGCUCGUAUUCGCAAAAAUCACCGGGUGCAAAUAGCGGCGAUCACGGUCCAAACCAGAGCCACAACCAGGUCUCAUGGAGACAGCACCUCUCCAGCACUAACUCCCUCCCCCUGGGUAGCUCCUACGACCGGACGGGCAAGACGAGUACAUCCAGAGGGGAGCAGUGGUCUGCUCGGGCUCAAGGGUCCGUGGGCAAAACGGAAGGAAAGGCCGCAGCGUCAGGGAGUCGUCUGUGGAGCCAUCGCCAGGCCGAACAUCAUUAGCACAACCUAAAGGAAGGUCAGCAGGUGGCAGCAGGUGCAGUUCAAUCAGCAAUCAGCCACAUAAAAAUAAAAAUCACCAUCGCAUGCGUCCUCUUCUGCCCGUUGGAUGUAUCAUCUCUUGUCGUAAACGAUGACAAAGCCCAUGAACGACUUCAUCUGACAAACUGCUGCGUCACACUUGACACGCGUACGGCCACGGUGACUUUCAAUGUGACCAAAAACAGGAAGCGAAUAACUCCAAAUUAAGCAACCGUGUCCGUCUUUUUGGACUUUGACGCACUUCGCCGCACACGUCGGAUGACAAAUGACGUUUGAUGAAUAAUGACUCAGCAUGUUACCAAACACACAUCUUACAUUUUAAAAACCGGGACCUUUUAUUUGUUGUCAUGACAUAAUAAUUCGCUUCCUGUUGUGUACUUUUUUUUUUUUUAUGUACCGCUUUCUGCUGAUAAAUCUCAACUAAAUGCACAUUUAGGAAAGUAUAAUAAUUGAUGUUGGAACUCUGGACUACAUUUCCCAUGGUGCUUCUCUUUCUUUAAACAUAUGCUGUACCUGUGUCUUCAAUCACUGAGCGAUAUCAUGUUGCUUUUUGGGUUGUCAGAACAUUUGCACAUGCCAGCCAAUCAUAGGACGAGACAGGUGGAAGAGGGCGGGGUCACUGAAUGCACGGAACAGAAGCCCAUAUGGCCAUAUUGUGGCAAAAGACUGUAAUAUGUUAAAAUUUUCAAAUUAGCUUUCACAAUAUUUGAAGAAAAAGAUUUUUUUCCUAAAUUAUUUUUGCUGCAGAUUCAUGUAUAGUUGAUUUACUAGAAUUUUUGUUUUUAAUGACAAACUUAUUAUUAAAAUCUUAAAAUUUUUUGCUGCAAAUUCCACAAUUAAAAAAAAAAUCGACUUAUUAUUAUUGUAAUUCACCCGAAUGUAAGACGACGCUGAUUUAUAGUUCUCCUAGCAUCUUUCCGGGUCACUGGUGUGUGAGUGACAGGAAGAAAAGCUUGUUUUCCGCCACCUGUAGGUAUCAAUCUCGAGCAGCCAUACUUAUCGGUUUCCAUCGGAUAUUUCCGCAAAUUCAAAUUCAAAUUUCACAAAAGUUGUCAAUACUUCCUCAGGUACAGUAAUUGAGUAUGAUUUGGUUUUAAGACCAACCUAGAACCGAGACCGCAAUACUCCGAAAUCCCGAAACUCCCUUUGGAUAUCUAGCUAGGAAGAUCCGAACCUGGAAAAUGGAGUUAAGUUCAUAGUCUCUAACUCGCUAAAAAGGUCAAAGGUUGUUGUUUUUUUUUUUGUCAACUGACUUUGGGGUGUCCAAAUGCAGUAGUGAAACCGUAGAAGGGUGUCUGGGCCUGCCGGAGAUACGCUGCUACUCGAGUUGAACCUCGAUAUGACAUCACUGCAGUUUUGUUUCGAAAUAGCAACCCACCUGUUUCACUGACCACCAUAAAUCACCUUAAGGCUUGACUGGUGGCUGGCGAAGACAAUUUUGGCACCUCCAGACUCCCAUUUUUCUGUGUUGAAAGGUUAUCCUGCGUUCCAUUCGGCACUCUAGCCGUCGCCAUAUGGUAGCUUAUUAGUAUGACGGUUUAAGGGAGAGGCUGGCUGUUGUUUCUAACUAUUUCCUUCACUUAUAAGCUUCCACACACUCGAAACAGCUUUGUCGUUCCGCAAGCAAAGCAGUUUUUUCAAAUAUAAGACGACCACUCUGUCAAUUUAUUAAUUUAUUUUAACAUCAAAAACAUUUUUUCUAAUUGUUUGAUAAUUAAGCUUUAUUCAUUACCGUUAUCGUAAAAUUAGCGUCAACACCUUUGAGAAAACUUUUUUUUGACAAGCAGGUCUCCGUUUGCAGGUUGCUGGUGUGUGUGAGCGACAGGAAGACAAGCUCACUUGCAGGCAGAUAUCACUAGACCUCGAAUAUAAGACAACACUAAAAUUAUAUUUUUUUUCAUGUUCAAUAAGAAUGUUUUAAAUGGAAAUUACUAGCUUGUCGGCCGAGUGGUUAGCAUGCAGGCCACACAGCUAGGAGACCCUAGUUUGAUUCCACCCUCGGGCAUCUUUUUGUGGAGUUUGCAUGUUCUCCCCGUGCAUGCGUGGGUUUUCUCCGGGUAUUCCGGUUUCCUCCCACAUUCCAAAAACAUGCUAGGUUAAUUGGCGACUCCAAAUUGUCCAUAGGUAUGAAUGUGAGUGUGAAUGGUUGUUUGUCUAUAUGUGCCCUGUGAUUGGCUGGCCACCAGUCCAGGGUGUACCCCGCCUCUCGCCUGAAGACAGCUGGGAUAGGCUCCAGCACCCUCCACAACCCUCAUGAGGAGAAAAUGAAAAGAAUAAAAGCUUGUAAUUUCUUAGAAAUGUUUUUUCAUAAUUUUCAAAUCAUUAAUAUCUCGACGUCUUACAUUCUUUUGCCACAAAUUCAACAAGUAAAAAAAAAGACUAUUCUGAAUACCUAAAGCAUGUAUAAAUCUCUAGACCUCAAAUAUAAGACGACCUGUCGUUUUCAGAUUUUUUUUUGUAUACAAUACAGUAAAAUAAAAUACUUCAGUCUUGUGAAAUAAAAAUCAGUCCGCCUUUAUUGUGGUAUUAUAAUCUGCACCAAACCAGCACUUACCUUUAAGACCCCUUAACAGAUGAAUGCCCUCUUUUAUGGUCAAAAACCUGCUUGACUCCUAAUGCUUCAGUGUGCUUUCAUUUACUGUAAAAUUCAUCAAAUCAGUCGUAAAUGUUGUGCCAAAAAAAGAAUCAUUCCACCAUAUUUGUAGUUCCUCCUCCAGCUGGAUCUCCUUUUUUAUUUCUUUCUUAAAACAACAAAAAAAUAUGUCUUAUUUUGGAAGCUGAUAGAUUUAUUUAAGGAAAACAAAUCUUGUAAUUUUGUAAAGUGGGCCUUAUUAUUAAUGGAAUAUAUUUGUCCAUCUUUUGUGGUUUCAAGAACGGUAUAUAUAUAUUAUUUUUUUUUGUAUGUUAUAUUACACUCCUGGAGAGUAUUUCAUCCUGUAUUAUUUUGUGUUUUUGUUGUUUAAGUACAUUUCUCAUUAACUGGAGGACAACAAAAAGGGCGGGGUUAUGUGGCGCUCAUUUGGCCUUCAAUUCAGGGUCUUCUGUGCUCUUUGUUCUGCCAAAGAAAGGAAGAAAUAGGAAUUUAAGGAGCGUACCAUCAAUAACAGAGGGGUCAAACAUGGUAAUAAAAAAAAGGUUUUUGUUAAGUGGAAUCUGUGAGGGAAAGGUUGUGUAUUUUUGCUUUUCUUCACUUUUAGACGUAAACAAUGUGCAUGUUUUAACUUUACUGGCGCAUGUAGCUCUCUUGCCAACUGUACAGCAGACCGUAUGUAUUCUAAUAAAAAUAAAAUGCAACAUCUUUGUUAAACAUGCUGAGUCUGACUAAAUCUGUGCAUUUUAAUGUCUGUCAGCAAGUUUGUAAUUUGGCACGAAUUGGCGAAGAGCUCACGCUGGUGUGGAAUGCGAGACAUCAGCAAGUGCUUCCCUUUAAAAAAAAAAAAAAAAAAAAAAAAGGAAAAAAGACGUUUUGUCCAAUGCAAGUCUACUUUUUAGCAGCUCAUUCAUAUA